AUGAAGUUUCUUUUACUCGCAUAUUUGGUGGCGUCCAUAUCUGCUGCUAUCUUGGGAUUGGACUAUGGACAACAAUUUUCCAAAGCUGCAAUACUUGCUCCCAAUAUUUAUUUUGAAAUUGUCUUGACUGACGAAGGCAAAAGGAAAGAUCUUUCCGGAAUCUGUUUAAGGAAUGCCACUCAGGGAAUUGAACGUAUAUACGGAUCCCAAAUGGGAUCUUUGGUCACCAGAUUCCCUCAAUCCUGCGCGUUAGACUUGAAGCAAUUAUUAGGAAAGAACAUCAGCGAUCCUACCGCACAACAAUAUAUAAAGACCCAUCCCGGAGUCAAAUUAAUUGGCGAUUCCAAAAGAAACGGAUCAAUUAAAUUCGAUUUGGGUUUGGGCGAAAAGAAUCAAUUUUCAGUUGAAGAAUUGUUGGCCAUGACCUUGCAAGAAUUUAAAAAACGAGCAAUCAAACUCAUUGAAUCUACCCCAGGCCAAAACUCGCCUGUGAUUGAUGGCAUUGUCGUGGCUAUCCCUCCAUUUGCAUCGCAAGCUACUAGACAAGCAUACCUUGAUUCCUUGUACAUUGCUAACAUUCCCAACGUAUUGGGAUUAGUCGAUGAAGGUACUUCGGUAGCUUUAGAUUACGUCACCAAGAAACUUGCCAAUGAUGAUACCCCUAAGGAGAAGAAAUAUCAUUUGAUUUAUGACGUAGGUGCCGGGUACACUACCGCCACUGUGUUUUCGUUAUCUAGAAAUGACACUGCUUUACUUGUGGAAAUGGAAAGUUUUGGAUAUGAUCCAUUAUUUGGAGGUAGACUCUUGACUGAAUCAGUGUAUGACAUCAUCGUUGACAAAUUAUUGUCUCAUUUCAACAUCAGAUCUUCCGACUUGACACCAAAGAUUCAAGCUAGAUUAUUUGAAGUUGCCGAAAAGGCCAAGAAUGUGUUGUCUGCCAACAUGGAAUACCAAACCAUGAUUGAGUCGAUAUACGAUGACAAGGAUUUCAAAGUUCAUGUCACCAGAGAAGAAUUUGAAGAAGCCAAUGAAGUAAGAGCUGAGGAAAUUAGCAAGCCUAUCGAACAAGCCCUAGCAGCUACAAACUUAACCGUUGAUAAUAUCCAAACUGUCGUGUUGAAUGGUGGGUCAAGUAGAGUUCCAUUUAUUCAAAAGAGAAUUGCUGAAAUUAUCGGUGAAGCCAAGAUUUCUAAGUCGGUCAACACCGAUGAAAGUUCAGUUUUGGGAACUACUUUCCGAGGAUUGGAUCUCAAGACUGAAGGAAAAGGUAUCAAGGGUUACACUCUUGUGGAGAAGAAUUAUCACAAUUAUGAAGCCAAAGUGGAUGAUGGCGAACUUAUCAGUGUUUUCCCAAGAGGUUCUAAACUCGGGCGUAGGAAAGUUAAGUUGGGUGAAGUUGGUAACUCAUCUGUUGUAGAGCUUUUUGAAGAUGGUAACUUAAUCAAGACUUACAAGUUGAAGGAUUUGGGCUCUUACAAGUUGAAGUGUACCGAAGACCAAACUAAGGAAUUGGUUGCCAGAUUUAACAUUGAUAAUAAUAAGAUUGUUACCUUGGAUACUGCUUCGUUGGUUUGUCGUGACCCUGCUUCCCAACACAAGGAUUCUUUCUUUGAUAAAUUAUUACAUAAGAAGAAAUCCACCACCGAGGAAGACGAUGACGAAAUUGAAAUCAAGACGGGUAAUGUCACAAAUACAACUGCAACCAAACCAACAAAAGCCAGAAAGAGAUCCCCACAACCUAUCGUUGUCCCUGAACCUGAAAUUGCCGGUGUUUCUUCAAUUUCUCGUGUCUCGAUGUUUGAAUCAUUAAAACGUAUUGACUCCUUGAACAAACAAGACAAGGCUCGAGCUGAAUUUGAAAAUGCCAAGAAUGAAUUAGAAGGACAGUGUUAUAAUUUAAGAUCAUACAUUGAGGAUAAGGAAGAAGUGUUACUUAAGGAAAUCACCGACUCCAAGAUUUCCGAGUAUAACGAUUUCGUUGGAGAAGUGAUCGAAUGGUUAGAUUUUGAAAGUGACGAUUCAACCAUUGAUGAUAUCCUUGCCAAAGCCAAGGAAAUUGCGGGCAAACACAGUGAAAUUGUCGAUUAUGUUAGAUUGGUAACUACCGAUUUAUCCAAAUCUAGCCUUGAAAAAUUAUACGAAGACGGAAGUAAAUUCGUCAUGUCUAUUCAAUCCAACAUGAUGGAAUUUGGUCAACAAAUCAACGAGCUUCGUCAAAAGUAUCAAGAAAAGGCGUUUGAUUUUGAUAAGGAAAACGAUAGACUCAAAAACAAGUUCUUUAAGCUGCUGGAUAGAAUCAUGAAUUUCGACAAGGACAUGGCCACCUAUCGUGAAGUCAUUACUGAAUUUGGCAAUGUGUUGAAUUCAGACAUUGCAAAGUAUAGUAAAAAUGUCUUGUUUGAAUUGUAUGAUAAGUUGAGUAAAGGUGUGGAGCAAAUGAAGGAAGAUAUCAAGUAUCUUGAAGAUAUGAAUAAGGAAAGAUUGGAAUAUCUUGAAGACAGAUUCACCAAACUUGUUGAAAGAGAAAAACAACGUCAAUAUAGAAGUUUAUUAAAGGAAUAUUCGAAAUCUGCUGAAGAGGAAGCAAAGACGAAGACUGAGUCUGGAUCUAGUGCUUCAGAAGAAUCCAGUUCCACCACUGAAUCUUCACAAGAAUCUGGAGAAUCUUCAACUAGUUCGCAAGAAUCUAGUGAAACGACAUCCACUUCCCAACCAGAUGUUGACCAUGAUGAAUUGUAA